CGUAACCAGAGCAUGCGUCAAACAUGAUGGUAAUUGGGCGCUUGCGUCCCGACACAAAGUCCAAGCACGGCACAAAAUCAGGUCGCCCAAGAACACCGCUAUCUGACAGAGUGUCUCCACUGCAUUUGAAAUCCAGCUCAACGACGGAGUAUCCGUCUGCAUCAUUGUUUGAAGCACUACCCUCUGAGCUUCUGCAGGACAUUUUUCUUUUCUCUGCUAAUCUGAAUUUGCCUUUAUGUUCCAAGCAACUCAUGGCGGCUUUGACAUCUCAGCAUCUGAAAUUCGAAGUAACGCUUCAGAUUCUGGUUCAACAGAGUGAUACACUGGAUCAAGAGAACAAAAGCCAACUCCUCUCUCGCAAAUUCUUCACAUGGGAAUUUCUUAUAAGAUACGUUAGUUUUGCGCAAACGAGAAUACAUCCAGCAGUGGGUGGAGACAAGCCGGAGGAUGAGGUUGGCUCCGAUGAAGAUGAGCGCCGUGCUGCUGUCACAGAAUGCUCUGUGAACACUGGCCCGCCACGCGCCAAAAGAACUCAACAACACCCAGCGAAAUUGGCAGAUUUGGAUCGGAAAUUGACCUUCCUGACGCAAAAAAGCAUCGUUGAGCUGCGACAUGCUGAGGACAGGUACUCAAUGGAGGUCAGUGAUUCCGCAGUCUCUGCACUUGAACAGCUUCAUCAGAUUCGGAGCCUCAAGGGCCUAAAAGGCUUACAUUUACCUGAGAAGCUUAUUCAUAAUAACUGGGAUGACGACCGAAGGAGAUUGCUACGUCUACUUUUUGCUUUCAAUUGCACGGUCAAUACUUCUUCACCGGCGGCUAUUGUAGCAGAAGAGGGCAUCAUUGCAGCGAUCGAAAGCGGGGAUGAGGAAUUAGUCUCUUUUUUUCUAAGUCAUAACAUCGGCGUGGCACCCACAGCUGGAAUGCUAAGGCAAGCGAUGAAAGGGAUGAAUAUCAGCAUUGUGUUCCAGCUUCUUCGGGCUGCGGGUAAUGAUCUCGAAUUUCUAGAUCCGCAGCUCUGGAUGCUGCUUGACGAGCAUACAAAUUGGUCAAAAGCUUCAAAAGCUAAAGUAAAACAGUGGUUGCGAGGCAAUAUUUCAUCCUCGCUUAGAGAGGAGGGUGCAGAAUUCUUGCCUAAGGUGAAAGAUAUAUCUGUCAAUGCCAAUCGUUGGUCGUCAAGUUGAUGCAAAGAAGGAGUCUAUGACAAGAAAGUAGAAGAAAACUUGAAAAGCUUCCAUAAAAGACCACGCUCAUGCGAAAUUUUCCACACGCUCUACUCCAAAUGCAGGAUCACGACAGUCU